UGUAGGAUAUUCAAGCGCAAAUUCAGUAACAUUAUCAGUUAGUGCGAAAAGAGAUUCGCAUAUUUCUGUGCCUUGUGGCACGUCGUCGCUCGUUUACGCCCAGCCAGCAGACGAUAUUUUCGUGCUUUUAAUAAACAGCUCUCACGCUGUUAGACACCGAAUACACUUCUUGGACGGAUUAUCCUCAUAAAUUUUAUAGAUAUCUUGCGAAUGACGCCUUGUUCUGUUUGAAAAAAUGCCCGGAAAGGUAAAGGUGAAGAUAGUUGCGGGACGCAACUUGCCUGUUAUGGACAGGUCUAGUGAUACAACAGAUGCAUACGUCGAGAUAAAGCUGGGCAACACAACAUACAAAACUGAUGUGUGCCGUAAAUCAUUGAACCCACAGUGGAAUUCAGAAUGGUAUAGGUUUGAGGUAGAUGAUUCUGAACUUCAAGAUGAACCACUACAGCUUCGACUGAUGGAUCAUGAUACUUAUUCGGCUAAUGAUGCUAUUGGCAAGGUAUACUUAGAUCUUAACCCUCUACUGCUACCUGUGCCUCCCCCAGCAGUGAAGAAUGUUCGAAUAGAAGGAAACGCUCCAACAUCUGCCAACACUGGAUCUGUAAUGUCUGGCUGGAUUCCUGUUUUUGACACAAUGCAUGGAAUAAGAGGAGAGGUUCAAGUUAUUGUCAAAGUUGAGCUUUUUUCUGACUUUAACCGUUUCCGCCAGUCUUCCUGUGGGGUUCUUUUCUUUUGUUCCUCUGUCAUUCCUCAGGGUUAUAAUGCACAGAUAAUUCAUGGAUUUGUUGAAGAGCUAGUAGUUAAUGAUGAUCCAGAGUACCAAUGGAUUGAUAAAAUACGUACCCCCAGAGCAUCUAAUGAGGCAAGACAGACACUGUUCUUUAAACUAUCAGGUGAAGUGCAACGAAAAAUAGGACUCAAAGCUCUGGAUCUGGGAGGCAAUGCUGUCAUUGGGUACCGUCAGUGCUUUGAUUUGGAAGGCGAGUCAGGCAUUGUUGCUAGAGGAAUUGGUACUGCUGUUUCCCUUGUUCGCCUUCAGGAGAGUGCUGCAUUAAACACAUCCAGUCACGAUGAAUCUUUUCUUUCUCCUUUUCGUACUACUCCAUGUCUGUAUGCUGCUCCCUCUUCUCCUCGUCUUUUUGUCAUCCCUCCUACUCCCACAACUUGUAUCAACCCCUCAAUGUCACCACUUUUACCAAAGCAAUCCAAAGAUGAUAGAUUAUUACCUUUAAUGGGAUCACAUUUCCCUAAAGCAAAGCUUAACAAGAAAGGAAAGAAAAGACCUGUUGUGGUGAUUCCAUUACCAAGUAAUCCAAAGGCUUUCACUCAUCGUCGGCAAGGCUCUGCUCCAUUUGAAUUACUUCAUCAUGUACCUUAUAAAAGGCAAAAUUCGACUAAAUCACUGGUCACAGACUUAUCAGAUCUACGACGCCUUCUGGAGCAAGAAGAUAUGCGGCAGAGCUCAGGUUCUCCAGGAAGCAGCCGAUUUAUGAAAGCCAUUCGACACUUGCCCAAAAAAGUUAAUGCUCUGAGAGGACGAAUGCAAUCUACUGAUGACUCUGACCUUGACACAAUAUCAUGUUCCUCUACUAAAUCUCUUUCAUUUGACCUAAGAAGAAAAUCUCUAAAGCAGUCUAGGAAUGAUUCAGUGACAGCUGCCCUUAUUAGAUCCAUUAUGAUGGAGUCCGGACGAGAGCUAGAUGAUGGAGGAGGAUUGAGCCGAGUGGUGGAAAGUGAAGAGACUAUGGUAUCGGCACCAGCAACUCCAAAGCUGAAUUUGUUUCCCAGUUCAUCAGAAAUUGAAUUAGGAGGAGCAAAAGAGCUUAUUCAUCAAAUAUCAUCUGACAUUGAGGAAAGUAUUGCAUUCAUCGAGUCAUCAUCAUCAUCAUCAUCAUCUUGUGGCUCUUCAACUACAGGAGAUGAAAUCACUGAUUCUUCAGCUGCUGGUCUGAAGGAUGAAGAGAACUCAAUUGUGGAUGAUUAUGAUUUACUGGAGGAAAAACUAUAUUGUGAUGAUGCUUCAACAUCUCAUAGAAUUGCUGUGGAUACCCAUGCAUCUCCUGGGAAAACUUCUAAAGGAAGGGUCACAUUCGUUAUUGCUGGAAAUGAAACUGUACAUUUUGACCGAAAAAAAAGUAGAUCUCUUUCACCGAAGGGUCAAAAAUCUUCCUCUGAUGUCUUCCGCAAGGAAGUGUCACUUUCGCCUAUUCUUGUUAAACAUAAAAGACAUCCAAAACUUAACAACUCUAGCCAAUCCUCAAGUUUAUCAAGCUCAAAGCUAUCAUUUGAGUGUCCACAACUCAAUUCACCCAAAUUGCAAACUGAUUGUGCCCAGCAGAAUUUAUCUUCACUCAAGGCCAAAAGAGGAAGAGUAUGGAAACAGUCAAAUGUGUCUGUUUGUGACGUUGGGGAUGUUCUUCAGUCAAAUAGUCCAUUUGAUCAAGAGUUUAACGCUGCUACUGUUGCGCUGAAGACUACUCACUUUGAUGUGAACAUUGAAGAUCUGCCUCAACCAUUUGAAUCACCAAACCCUCAAACCCCACCCAACACCUCUUCCUCCAUUUCUCUUCCUCCAUCGCCUUCAACUUUGGAGUGUGAUCUUAACACUGGUAAUAGUAGGUUUGAUGUAGUUGCUUCAACUUUUAUUAAUAGCUUGUCUGCAUGCGCUGAUUCGUCUGACAAAGUAGAUGCUCUUUAUCAAAAUAACAUGAAAGGCAAAGACAGGAAACAAAGUCUUCUUGAUGAGUCAAUAAUCCAUACAAACUUAUUCACAAACUCACCCACUAUCAGUAAACCUAUGCUUGAUCAGAGUAAAGUGCAGAACAAUUUUACUAAUGUAGUUAUUAACUUAGAGAGGGCCCCAACACCACAGCCCAAUGAACAUAAGCUGCAGGCUACUUUAAGCAUGGACAGUUCUAGCAAGACUAGCAAUUUAAAAUUGGCUCUGGAGAAAAGCGUGUCAGAUAACCCAGUGUGCUCACUCACGCUUGACUCCCCUCGUGUGUUGUCCCCACUCCAUAAGAGUAGGAGUACCACUAGCCUAGUGUGCCGGCAUGAAGCUGCAGCAGCCUCGCACUUUGCUACCGACGGAGAGCGAGAAGGACAAGGGCAUGAUGAGGAUCGGGCUGUGCCACACGGACUAUCAGCUCAGCUGUCUUCAAGUGCCCUCAAACAUUCGCAGUCCCCUGCUAAGCUCACUGCUGCCCCAUCCAUCCAUCGAAGAUCUUCAGAUUCAGAUUUAAGCGUUACACCUAAAGGCUGCUCCAGGAAGAGGAAUAGUCUCACAGGGAGUGGAUCAUCAUAUACUGGACAUCAAACUCGACCUCCAGCGUUGCUUUUGCAACCACCAAUUAUGAAUCAAGAUAAUUUUGAAAUGUUGGAGUAUCCCUUUCUUACUGUCUCCAAAUUUCCGCCUGGCUUUGUGCAAAAUAUUGGAGGAACAGUGAGCUCAAGAUCUGUGAAGCUCUUGGAACGCAUCACCAAUUUAGAAGAGCCGGAGACUCGGGACACAUGGUGGAAAGAGUUAAGGAUGGAAGUUCGUUCUCACGCACGAGCUCUUGGAUGCAAUGUUGUGUUAGGAUAUUCGGAACACACAAGCAUAUGUGAUGAUGUUUGUGUGCUAAGUGCUGCUGGUACAGCAGCUGUCAUCAGCUUACAAUACAGUUCAUCUGAUCUUGACACGUCAGGGGGAGGCGCUAACACAGCAGCUACUGAGAAACAUCAACAAGGACAGGUUUUAUCCCAGGGCUCUCAAGUACCCCAAAUUUCAGCUCAACCUUCUGCUCAGAUUGAUCAGAGCAAUGGGGAACAAAGUGCUGUCGCCGCGAAGGAACAGCAACAUUUACCAAAUCAAGGACAACCUCAGCCAUCAUUGUCACAAGCACAAACAACCGCACCGGUUGCGCAGGUGCAGAAGCAGGCUAGUACAGUUAAGGUGUCUCAUGACCGUGUGACUAUGACCACCUCUCUAGAUAGAAAUGAUUUUGAAAAGGAUCGUGGCUCAUCAGGUGGCAAAGUAGAAUCAACCUCUGGGGGAAAAAGUCGUUGUUUAUCUGAGAGUGGUGAUGGUGACACCCCUCCUGGGUGCGUCAUGUGCCACAUACCUUAUUCAGAAUCAAGUGUACCUUUUAGAGUAAAGAUGAUGAAAUGUGCCAUGUGCAGGAAAGGUAAAGUGCCUGAUGUUCUUUUAACAACAAUGGAACCGCCUGAAGGAAUACCUGUUACUGGACGAGGUUGCUUGCUUCAGGCAUAUGUCUGCCGUCCUAAGCGAGAUGCUAAGGGAGAGCUAAAUGCCAAAGAAAUUUCUGAUGGUUUGCCAUUUCUGGAAUAUGAAUUGCACCGAAUGCUAUUGAACAAGUUAAAAGUUAAAGGAAUGAAUUCCAUAUUUGGUUUGAGGGUCCAAGUUUCCAUUGGAGAAAGGAUGCUAGUUGGUUUGGCCACUGGUACUGCUAUGUUUCUUACUCCUUUACCUGCUCCUCCUGUUCCUACAAUUACUGCUGGAAAUUCGUGGAGUGAUGAGCGAAGACUCCUUGAAGUUCAAAAGACACUUGCGGAAACAGUCAAAAGAAACAGGGAAAUAUAUCAAUUAAAACCAAUAUGUGAAGGGGAAAACUCUGUGAAUGGACGAUCUAAUCAGUCAGAUACAGAGGAUUCUGAUGAUGACCUUCCUGAAAUGGAUCUAGCAACUGGAAAUAAGGAUACUUGCGUGAUGGAGGUAGAUGACAAUGAAGAUGUUGAUGUCAUUUCAUUGCUUAUGGAUCCACAUCCACCUGAUGGUUUUUUUGUUGUAAACACUGAAGUAGUUCCUGGACUAGAAGAAAUGGAAGUAGUACGGAAUUUGCAAAUGUUCACCCAAGUUUGGCGAGCCAAAGUCACACCGUCAAUGCCUCCUAUGGUUUUUUCAAAGCAUUUCCAUCGCAUGCUGAAUAGUGUCUAUUUUAAGUUACGUCGAAUGGUUCCUUGUGCUUUAGGACAGCUACAAUUUUUCGUGGAACUACCUGAACCUGAUGAAUUGCAACUUUCGCUUCUGGGAAUGGCUCUAGGCUUGGGCGAAACAGAGAAAACCACAAAGUCGAAAAGGAAAGCUGUCCCGCCAUCCACAAGCAAGGAGCACCUUAAAAAAGAUGAUAAUGAUCUUAUUUUUAGUUUGGAGGAAGAUGUUGUGUUAGAGGAUACAACAGGUGCAGCAGCUGCAGCAGCAGUGGUAGCUGCUAGUUCUGCAGCUCUGACAAACAGUAAUAAACAUCGACCUAAGUCACCUCAUCGUGCAACAACACUAGAUCAACGCUUAAAAAAUCCACCCAAGCUAAGACAUACACCUCCAAGAGAGCGUUAUGGUGUUGACAUAACACCUCUCUCAUACAUACCUGGUGGGAAAAUAGAACGUUAUCUUGGAAACCUUAAUUUCUUUUUCAUACGUGAAAGCACAGCUAUCCGUGAGAGCGGUGGUUUGAGCGGUUUUGUUCAUAGUUUUAUAGCAGAAGUUUUAGCCAUUGUUCGUGCUCAUGUCACUGCACUUGGAGGGAAUGCAAUGGUUGCUUAUUUCAUAUCUGAAAAUGUUUUACUUCACAACCCUCAUAAAAAUCAGGGUCAAUGUCUUAUCAAUGUUGGUGGUGAUGUAGUUCAUGUUUCAUACUACUCAAAUGAUCAAUGACAGAAGAUAACUGGGGCACAACAGAAAUGUCGCCCCCGAUCCAUGGCACUAUGAUUCCUUUUUAGUGCUCAGAGCGACCCUUUUGGAAGCACAUUGUGAACAUUUGAUAUUGCCAAAAAAAAAAAAAAAGAAAUCAACUUUGAUAGAUCAGACAUAAUGUGCCUUAAUUACAUUGCAAUUUGUUUUGUGUAUUUUUGCUUGUUGUCCUUAAGCACAUUUGUUAGACUGUAUUAGUAAUCCCAUUUUAAUUUUACAAACAUAUCUCUGUGAUUAUCCCCCUGAUUUUUUGUGGUUUUUAAAAUUAUGUGCUUCACCAUGAAUAUAAAGAUACUGUGCUGUUUUGCUCAAGUUGGCUUAAUGGAGAUGCUUAAGUGCUAGUCUUUGAGGUAGUAUUUUACACCUUGCUCAAAACGCCAUGGAUGUGGAACCAUGAACUUUUUUUAAUGAAUUGGUGCCACAGCUCUACAAUACAGUGGUAUUAUAGUAACUCUUGUGCUCAAAGCCAAAAGUUUUUUUUUUUUUUUUUAAGGUAACACAAGACAAUAAGUUUUAGUAUUGAGUGUCAUCCCUUGGAGAUCAAAAUUGUAUGGUUGUAUUGUAAUAGUACAAACAAAUAUUUAGGCUAAAUUAGUUAUAUAUAAUGAAAUAAUAAUCCUUCCUAUUCUAUUCUCAUAUUGUUUGUGUGAAGAGAAAAGCCGACUCAACUGCUGGCUUUACUUGGGGAAAGAAUAGAUAGACUGGGAUGCAUUUACGUCUGAAGUUUUAUUUACUAAUUUUGGUGUACAACUUCCUUACUACUCCUGUUUUCAAUGUGUUAUCAUAACUUCCUUUUAGUUUUUCUUCAUUAGUAGAAAAUGCAAUUUACUUAGCCUUUUAUUGGGAACUAGGAAGGAACAGGGUAAUUGAGAAAAUGUUGAGUUUUUAGUUUGACCUAUGGCUGUCUUUGGCAGUCUUUUGUGCAAUUCUUAAUUUUCCUCUAGUCGUUCAAAAAAAAAGAUGCAUUUAGUACGGUUGUGUGUACCGCUUGUCAGGUACAAAACAAGAGGCAAAGGAUGCAAGUAAUUACGGCCACUCAGUUUGAAAAUAAAAAUGUUGUGGGAGAUUAACUUGAUGUUUGUUCAUCUUUAUGAUUACUUUCUAAUUUUAAAUUUAAAACAAUUGUUACAUGUAUCACAUUAUUCUCAUAAAAUGGUUUUUUUUUUCAA